AUGGAGGUGUGUGUCAUUGCCAAGUGCACAUAUAAGUCGGAAACCAUCAUGUUUUCAGUUUCAUCAGAGUCAUCCAUGGUUGAUAUUUUGAAGACUUUGUGUCUGAGGUUUAGGGGUUUGCAGUUGGGUUGUUUCACAUUACGGUAUUCGGUGCCCAGUUAUCCGAGUUGUUUUCUAGAAACGGAUAGCGAUUUGGACUUGAUGAGGACAUUUUUGUUGAUAUCAAAUGAGAAGACUGUUGAUAUUUUAGUGAAGGAUUUAUGCGGGAGCAGUGAAUAUAGUGGUGAUUUUUGUGUAAAUAAGGAGUUGAUAGCAUGUGAAAAGGGCGAGUCGUCGUGUUCUAGUACUGUCGAAGACAGAAACGAGUUUUUGGGCAGGUCGAAGAGAGCAAGUGCUAAGCCUUUGUUGUCGAAUGAGUGGGAGACAUACAUACAUCAUGUGGGGCAGAAGUUUGACGGUGGUGCAGAGGAGUUCCGGUUGAAAUUGUGCAAGUACGCUCUUGAAGUAGGAUUUAAUUUUGAAUAUGCCGGCAAUGACAAGAAGCGGGUGGUUGCUGUUUGUUCGAAUAAGAAAUUGGAGGGUUGCAGUUGGCGUGUUUAUGCUUCUCGUUGUGAAGCUACUGGCAGUUUUGUAAUUCGGACGUUAAAUAAUGUUCAUACAUGUGCGGGUCGGAUACGGGAAUCAAAGAGUAAGAUGAUGAGGUCUCGUGUGGUGUCCUCCCUCAUUGUGGACAGAAUUCGUGCAAAACCAGAGCUGAAGCCAGUUGAGAUUAUACACGAGUUCAAAGAUUAUUAUGGUAUAGACAUUUCAUACUACCACGCAUGGUUUGGCAAAGAGUUAGCUAAAUUGGACGUUCACGGUGAUGAGUCGAAGUCCUUCAACGAGUUAGUGUGGUAUGUGGACGCCGUAAAGGAAACUAACACUGGUUCUCUCUGCACUCUUGAUUGUGAAGCUGGAAUUAAUCGCUUUCGACGGUUUUUUGUGUCUUUUGGCGGUUGCAUUGCUGGAUUUCAAUAUUGCAUACCCUUGUUGUUCAUUGAUGCUACGUUUUUGAAGAGCAAGUACAAGGGGCAACUUCUGUGUGCUUCGGGAAAGAAUGGAAAUCAAGGGUUUUAUCCUCUAGCUUUUGGAGUUGUUGAUUCUGAGACAGAGGAGAAUUGGACUUGGUUUCUUCAACAUUUGGCUUCUAUAUUGCUACCGAUGGGGAGAGUGGUGACCUUUUUCUCGGACCGCAAUCAAGGUUUGUUAAAUGCAAUGGGGUUUGUGUUUCCCGGAUGGCCUCAUUCUUACUGUUAUUAUCACCUCAAACAGAAUUUGAUAUCAAAGUACCCGAAGUCAGGUUAUGGGAAACUGCUCCAAGACCGUGUUAUCAAUUUAUUUAGUAGAUGCGCAUAUGCUGUUACGGAGGAAGAGUUUAAGGUAGCAAUGGAGGAGUUGGUGAUUGUUGGGAGUUCGAAAGUGAAGACAUUUAUAUCUGAUUUGUCUAGAGAUCACUAUGCCAACGCAUUUUUCAAAGGAAUGCGUUAUGGGGAGAUGGCAAACAGUUUAGCGGAGUCCUUUAAUAAUUGGGUUGGUGUGUUUCGAGAUUUGCCGGUGCUACCUUUGAUCGAAGGGAUUCGACAGAAAUUGAUGGUAUUGAAUUCUCAACGAAGAAUUGAAGCGGAGAAGUGGACAACAGUUUUGUGUCCGGAGAUGGAGACUAGACUCUGUGAAAAUGCGGAGGCCGGACUUGUUCUUGCCGUCUUUGGUUACGUGGAGUGUUACUACACACAUGCGGUGGCUGCAAUCCUAGCAAAGAGAGAUUCAGUUUAUGAUUACGUGGAGUGUUACUACAAAACCGACUUCUUUCGAAAAGCCUAUGAGAGUCCUAUUUUUCCUAUUCCAGAUAUUGGGAAAGGAUUUGGCAACAAUGGUUCUGUCGCUGGAGUUGUGCUUCCGCCAAUUACAAAGAGGCCAGCCGGAAGACCACCAACAAAGAGGAUCAAAGUUUUUGGUGAAUUUAAAAGGCCAUUGAAAUGCAGUCGGUGCAGUGUUGCUGGGCACAAUAGGAAGACUUGCAAGGCUAUUAUAUGA